CCCAUCUCCCAAAACAUCAUGGUCCCAUCCGCACAGUCCAGCCAGACCCAGGAGGUCAAGAAAACACCCCUCCAGCUCAUCUCCCAAGGCGCCUGUCUCCCUGGUAUUCCCAAGCAUCCUAGCUUUGCUGCAGAGCGGCAAUGGAUGUUGGAGAAGAUGGCGCUGGCCUUCCGAGUGUUUGCACGCUUGGGGUAUACCGACGGCAUGGCAGGCCACAUCUCCAUCAGGGACCCGGAGAACCCACAUACAUUCUGGACGAAUCCACUGGCGGUACAUUUUGCCCUACUCAAGGCAAGCGAUAUGAUUCUCGUCAACUAUGAAGGUGUUCCUAUUGGCGGAAACAUGAGCCGGCCUGCCAAUUCAGCAGGCUUUUUCAUCCACAGUGCCGUCCACAAAGCCCGACUGGACGUUGUGGCUGCAUGUCACACCCAUAGCCCGCACGGCAUGGCGUGGAGCGCCUUUGGACGGCCCUUGGAAAUGCUGACCCAAGAUGCUGCCUAUCUCUAUGGUGAUGCUCAGGCAGUAUACAAGGACUUUGGAGGUGUUGUCCUCACACAGGAGGAAGGCGACCGAAUUGGCGCCGCCCUCGGCCCGAGAGGAAAGGGGAUGAUCUUACAGAACCACGGCCUCCUUACAGUUGGCUCUACUGUCGACGAGGCAUGCUUCCUGAUGACCUUGAUGGAACGCGCAUGCCAAACCCAACUGCUCGCAGAAGCCGCAGCGGCGAAUGGUCUGCCCAAGGUCUACAUCCCCGAGGAGAGUGCCAAGUAUACUUUCGAGAACUCUAGUGAUCCCGAGACACUGUAUUGGGAGGGACAGCCGGACUUGCAGUACGAGGAGUACAUGGCUAAAGGAGAACAUCGGGGCUAG